UUAUUUCUAGAGACAUUUUUUAGCAAGCCCCGCGUCUUACGUACAACAUUUGUAAUCCUGGUAACUAUGAUGAGCUUACUGUUUGGUUAUAAAUCUACAAAAUGAUGUAUAACACGCAUAUUUUUGUCAUCGAAAUCAUUCGUAUCGUGCCUUCCAACAUAGUUCGUGUUAGUGUAAUAGUUCUUUGUCUUGGAUUAUCUGUUGCUGAAUUAUGUUUGCCAGACGACAAUGUGUAUUACCAUACACAGUUAGAGACGUGCGAGAAAUGUGACAGUUGUCUGCGAGGAGCAGGAAAGGACAGAGUUGAUGUCAACAAAAAAGUUAGAUGGGAUGAAAAUUAUGGAGCAUUAACUUGUACACCUUGUAUUCCAUGUUCGAAUGGACACUACAAUAAUCGAAGAGCCUUCCGUUGCCAACCAUGCAAGAACUGCUCACAAGAGAAUCGGUACGAGUUGUUGUCAUGCACAAGAAGACAAAAUGCUGUUUGUGGAGACUUCAUUCAAACGAAAGUACACAUGUUUGACAGAACGGAAGUACCGGUAACAUACAGCACAAGAGAGUCCAUCCCUUCAGAGUCUUCGUAUUUGUUGACAUGGGUGAUCAGUGCUGUUGGCUCUGUUCUGGUAUUUGUAGCAAUCAUUGUAUGCUUGCUACUGCUGAAAAAAAAGUUAAAACAGUCUGAGAAAAAAUUCACAAUGAAUAACCUUUCAGAAUCUGCACAGAAGGUACCUUUGGUUGUCGUUGAUAAUAAAUCAAAUUCAAGUGGUCAGAAAUGGUCUAAAAGGAAUGGUAACUUCAGUUCAAACCAAGAAAGAACAAAUACUUUCUCUCCUGUUGCUGACAAAAGCAGAAACAGUUUUUGUAACUGCGAAACGACACCGAAAGUAAUUGUUGCCAGUGGUGACGAUACAAGAGAACACCAAGAUCGAGAAACCACUGUCCAUCUUAAUCAAGGAGAACAAAUUUAUCACCAGGAACACGCAGACACAAAAGGAAAGAUAAACAACCUUAUUUGCUGUGCUGCUACAUUGGAUCCGUCCAUUGAGGAUGUUAGCAAAAGCUCCUACAUCUGUGACAGUUUGGAUUCAUCACCAGAAACAUUUUUGAAAGAAAGAACUUCAUGUAAUAAAAAUACAGCUCGGUCAAAAAUUGAACCAUGUGUAUUUAAAAGAUCUGACUGUAGACCUUUGAGUAAUUUUUCUGAUUUAAGAAACGGUAAUGUGAACUUUCCUUAUAUUUCCAAAUGUGAAAGUAAUUCUACUACAGUUUAAAAAGGGUGCAAUUGAUAUUUGUUUUUUACAAACCAGGAUAUUUUAUCUAUCAGUCUAAUACUAGUAUAUAACUUUAAAAAAAUUAUGUAUUCAUUUUAACAUAUUCUCAGACAUUUCA